AACCCCCCGCGUCGAGCCAUGUUGUAGGAAAUCCGCUUGCGGCGGAUUAUUGUAAUCCGACAGAGGGUCUGGACGACACAUCGGAUCACGAUUUAAAAUAAAUAAAUAAAUAAGUAAAAAAAUAAAAAGCACCCGGAGCGCAGCGGCCUGUGACAGAUGCGCCUCGCCCGAGAAUAAAGGGCCAAAGUCGGGAUAUGAUCUGAGGCGAGCCGGGCCGGGCCGGGCCGCUUCCUGGACCAGUGACAGCGGCAUCAGAGGAGGAGAAAAGCGGGGAGGAAAAGCCUGAAUUUGAAGCUUAAAGAGACCCCCUCCCUCCCUUCUUUCUUUCCUCCCUCCAUUCCUUCCGUCCUUCUCCCUCCCUCCCUCCAGCCCCGGCUCGGCUCGGUCGCCGUGUCCGCGGAGAGAAGCGAGAGAAGCGGCCGCCGCUCGUAGCUGCGCUCGGCUAGCCCGCCUGCUAGCGCGGAAGGAAUCCGUCAAGUUUUAACUCGUCAAUUCUCUUUUAAAAUUUGAAUUCGCAGCUGCGAGGAUGUCGGCCAAAGAGCAAAACAAACUCUCCACCACCGAGCGACCCAUCAAAGCGGUGCCAUACCCUCCCGGGACCCGGCUGACCAUCAAAGACCUGUACGUGGACGGGAGGCCCAGCGUGGAGGUGCUGAAGGCCCAUCUGGUGAAGGAGGGGCGCCUGGAGGAGGAGGCGGCUCUGAGGAUCAUCAACGAAGGCGCCGCCAUCCUGCGCCAGGAGAAGUGCAUGCUGGAGGUGGAGGCCCCCAUCACAGUGUGCGGAGACGUCCACGGCCAGUUCUUUGACCUGAUGAAGCUGUUUGAGGUGGGGGGGUCGCCCAGCACCACCCGCUACCUGUUCCUGGGCGACUACGUGGACCGAGGCUACUUCAGCAUCGAGUGUGUUCUCUACCUGUGGGCUCUGAAGAUCAACCACCCCAACACCCUGUUCCUCCUCCGAGGAAACCACGAGUGCCGACAUCUCACAGAGUACUUCACCUUCAAGCAGGAGUGUAAAAUCAAAUACUCUGAGCGAGUAUACGACGCCUGCAUGGAGGCGUUUGACUGUUUGCCUCUGGCCGCCCUCCUCAACCAGCAGUUCCUGUGUGUUCACGGAGGCCUGAGCCCGGAGGUCACCUGCCUGGAUGACAUCCGAAAGCUGGACCGGUUCAAGGAGCCUCCGGCCUUCGGCCCGAUGUGCGACCUGCUGUGGUCGGACCCCGGCGAGGACUACGGCUCAGAGAAAACCCAGGACCACUUCAACCACAACAGCGUUCGAGGCUGCUCGUAUUUCUACAGUUACCCAGCAGUAUGUGACUUCCUGAUGAACAAUAACCUGUUGUCAGUAAUACGAGCACAUGAAGCCCAGGACGCAGGGUAUCGAAUGUACAGGAAAAGUCAGACGACGGGCUUCCCUUCUCUAAUCACGAUCUUCUCUGCUCCCAACUACCUGGACGUGUACAAUAACAAAGCGGCGGUGCUGAAAUACGAGAACAACGUGAUGAACAUCCGUCAGUUUAACUGCUCCCCCCACCCCUACUGGCUGCCCAACUUCAUGGACGUCUUCACCUGGUCGCUGCCUUUCGUCGGGGAGAAAGUAACGGAGAUGCUGGUGAACGUGUUGAACAUCUGCUCUGAUGAUGAGCUGAUGUCUGAAGGGGACGACACGUGUGAAGGUGGAGCUCCGGCCGUGAGAAAGGAGGUGAUCAGGAAUAAGAUUCGGGCGAUCGGGAAGAUGGCCCGUGUCUUCUCUGUGCUCAGAGAGGAGAAUGAGAGCGUCCUGCAGCUGAAGGGUUUGACUCCGACGGGAACGCUGCCUCUAGGAGUUCUGUCCGGAGGACGACAAACUCUGCAGAGCGCCACCGUAGAGGCAGAGGAGGCACGAGCCAUUCAAGGCUUCAACCCUCAGCAUAAGAUCCAGAGCUUUGAGGAGGCGCGAGGUUUGGACCGGAUCAACGAGAGGAUGCCCCCCCGCCGGGACAGCAAGCAGAACGAGGCCGGGCCCCCCCUCAACAACCUGCCGGCCGGCACCGGCCCCCCCGACAAGAACGGCACCAACGCUCAGGCCUAGGUCCUCCUCAGCCCCCCCUUCCUCCCCCCGUCUCCCUCCUCCUUUACCCCCCCCCUCCUCCCCCCUCCUCCCCCCUCCGUCCUCCUUUAAGAGACGAGGCCGUUCAGUCCGAGCGACUCUCACACCGCGCGUAAUUUAUUUCACCAUCCGAAACCUGAAAACCUUUAGUUUCAGACUGAACCAGGAGGAGACUCCGCCCCCAGACCCCCCCCCCCAGCCCAGACCCCCCCAACUCAGCCCCGCCCCCCCAGCCCCGCCCCCCCCAGACCCCGCUCUGUUUGUUUGUUUGUUUGUUUGUUUGGGGGGGGGGGUGGCGUUCAUUCAGACGCUGUGUUCGUGCCCACACACACACACACACACACACACACACACACACACACACACACACACACACACACACACACACACACACCUGUCUUUGGUACCUGGUGGGGACCCUGACCCGGACCAGCCUUACGGGUCCUAACUCUCUGCAUGUGUUAGUGACGUGGUUCUAACGGAUAAAUUCAUUCUUGAGAAGAUGAAAAUGGUCCCACGGGGUGAGUCCACUUUGGACGUCCCCACCAUGUGAGACAACAGGUCCAUAUAAUCAUAUUUACUGGUGGUGGGGGCCUGACCAGACGGAGUCUCCUGCAUCGGUUCGAGACUCUAACGGAUGAUUUGGUCCAUUUCUGAGUCCAGGUCUCCACCAUCGGAGAUAAACAAGUCUGCACACACUCUGUCUUUACUACGUUGUGGGGACACGUGACCAGAAGGAGCCUUAUGGGGUCGUCCCUCCGUCCCUCUGUCCCUACGUCCCUCCCUCUGUCCCUCCCUCCGUCCCUCCGUCCCUCCCGGGGACAGACGAGAUUCUAACGAGUAAAUUCCUGUUUCGUUACUGUGACGAUGAAAUGAUCCUGGUUCGGUUCCACUCUGGAGUUUGUGUCCCCACAAUGUAAGAAAAGCCGUUUCCACACACUCACACUUCUUCAUCCUUUCUUAUGCCAACGGUCGCGUGACUGAGCUCCUCAGAGCGAGUAUUGACAUUUAUAUUAUAUAUGUAUAUUUUAAUUGUUCCCUCUUUUCAAUGUGAUCUUCAUUUUCAUUUAGGGUUUCUUUUUUUUUUUUUUUACAUAAUCACAGAGCGGGGGAGGACGGGGGAGGACGGGGGGAGUUCAACGUUUAUUCCACUUUAUUAAACUCUAAAGUUCAUUAUUAUUAAUAACAGUAGGAGAAAAUAUAUGUUAAGAAACAGAAAUUUGAAUUUGCUUCAUACCAGCACAGACGCACAAUAAACCCUGCCAUAACAUUACGACCAGGAGUUUUCCCAUCGUUUAGGUUUUUGUUGUUUGGGUUUCUGCUCCAACAUCUGGACGUUGUGACCGGUUCCUUCCAGAUGUUUCCAACAUUUCAGACACAAACUAAAAGGAAUCAUUUAAAACCCAGAGGAUCAUGUUUAAAUGAGGAAUAAUAAGGUGAUAAUUAGGUUUUAAUAAAGAGGAAUAAUGUGUUAGUAUCUGUACCGGUGGUGGGGGUGGGGGUGGGGGUGGGGGGGCAGUGGGGUGUGUCAGGUGUGUUUCAGGUGUGAUGAGGACCUGGGUGGGUUUGAUUUGAUUACCUGUUGAUUUAUUUGGGGGGGGGGGGGGGGAGUGUGCUGGGCCUCGUUUCUCAGAACAUAUCUCACAGAAUGUACAGAAGAAAAAAAAUACAAAUAAAAUCUAGAUCAAGAGUUUUUUCUUUUACAGCAAGAAAAAAAAAAAAAAACAACAAACCCAAACCUUUAUUUUAUUUUUAUUUUUUUUUGUGGAGUUCAUGUAUUUCGAGGCCUCUCAUUUCUGUAGAUGUUUCACUCCAUUCAAUAAAAAACUGAAACGUU